AUGGCUCUUCCCACCAUUGAGGAAUUGCAGGAGCAGUUGGUGCAGUUGCAAGCGACGCUUCAGCAGGGCAAUGUCGUUUGCGUGGAUUUAUAUACGGUUCCGAAAAUUCCACCGUUCUUAAUCAAAGAUCCGAUGAAAAUUGACGGAGAUAAUGUAACUACCGCAAGGACACUUUUUUUGGCGUGGUCAACAUUAAGCAUUUCUCAACGAGGCAUUCUUGAGACUUCCGAAUGCACGGAUUUAGACAAGCUAGCCAAAAUGGCGGAUAAAAUAACUGAAACCGCGAGAGACUCUGCGCAGUGUGCUGUCAUAUCGUUGUCAGAAUCGAAGCCGUCCGACUUAGUAGCUAGGAUCGACUGUCUAGCCGCCGAUAUGGCCACUCUCACGGCUCGGGUCAAGCGAUCCAGCAGAUCUCAAGCGAGAGCCGAGACAAACAAAAAUCCAUCAGUUUCGUACCUGAUUAUUGGGGUCGACCUGAUUGCACAUUACGGUCUUCUUCCGGACCUUAAGGAUCACAGACUCAUCGAUCCGCAAAACAAUGUGUACGUGUCGGGCAUUGUCAAAUCUAGAAAUACUAAUUCGCAAGCAAGCAAUUUAGAAUUCCUCGGCUUUAUGAUUAACAGCGAAGGUUGUAAACCAACACUCGAAAAGGUUCAGGCCAUUCGCGAGUUUCCAAGGCCUAACACUAUAGUUAAAUUGCGUCGUUUUCUUGGGCUUGUCAAUUUUUAUCGUAGACUACUGCAUGAUGCAGCUACUGUUCAGGCACCACUAAACGAGUACUUUCGCGACUCACGCAAAAACAAAUGGCCAAUCAUAUGGACGCCGGUGGCUCAGGAAGCGUUUAAUAAGUGCAAAGAGAAUCUGGCCGGAGCGACUAUGCUUUCUUCCCCUCCGACGCAGCUGAGACGCGCCGUUUGUGACGCGUCAGAUUUUGCCAUCGAGGCCGCCCUCCAACAAUGCCUCUUGGAAACCUCUCGCGACGGAAUUUCAAGACAGAUCACAAGCCUCUCAUCUACGCAUUCAUGCAACGUUCCGAAAAGACAACACCGGCAACAGAGACAACUGUCGUUCAUCUCGCAGUUCACCACGCGUAUCGAAUACACCACGCGUAUCGAAUACGCCCUAUCGGGCAAUGAUAAUAUCGUGGCGGAUUCCCUUUCUCGCAUCGAAGCCAUCCGCUUACCUACCGAGAUUGAACUAAAUGAGCUUGCACAGCAACAGGAACAAGAAGAGAAGCUCGGUCCAUCCGCGAAUCUCCUAAAUUUCCGCUUACCAUGA